AUGAUUAGAAUAGAGACAAAGGAAGUUCAAGUUGAGUACAUUAGAGACCUCUCUAAGUACGAAACCGAGAAGCCAUUCAAUUUAUCGUUCUCCUCAUACCACGAAGGACUCACUACCAAUGCCGAGAAAGAGGAAAAGGGCAUUAUCGUUGAAGAUGUUCGAGGGCAAGAAAAUCGAUUUAGCAUGGAGAAACAUUCGUUUCGCUUCCUCAAGUUUCCAACAAAGCACCUAAUCGAUGGGACCGACGAUACAAUGUUCCGUUAUCUCGAGGAGACUAAAAAUUUUCUGCUUCAAGAACUUGAUGCUGACGAAGUUAUAUGCUAUGAUAUUCGGCGUCGCCGAUCUGGCAUAACGGCUGAGCCGCAGAAUCCAGAUGGAAACUAUUUUGGAGCACUUGAAGAUGCUGCGCCGCCAGUCUAUAGUGUGCACGUUGAUCAUACACUUGAGGGUGGAUUUCACAGAAUUGAGAGACACCUUACACCAGAGGAGUCGAAGAAAUAUAUUGCUGAAGGAUGGAGAGUGCGGAUUGUCAAUAUCUGGAGACCUCUUCAUACGGUUACCACAGCGCCGCUUGCUGUCUGCGAUGCAAGGUCCGUGGCCGCCACGGACCUUCUGGAGGUAGACCAGAUCAAUGAAUCGUGGUAUGGAGAGGUCUUUUUGCUCAAAUUUAACCCUGAUCACCAGUUCUACUGGCUCAGCAAUCAAACUCCAGAUGAGGUAUGCAUGAUGCUCAUGUUUGACUCGCACAACGGAAAGGCCGAGUCAGACAUGCACUGCUGUGCACACGCAUCAUUCAAUGACGCAAAAAUGUUGGUUACCGGUCCUGGAAGAGAGAGUGUGGAGGUCCGCGCCAUCGUCAUAAACAGUCUGGUCUGA